AUGCCACCUCCCUGGAAGGCCCUUACCCCUUCCCUCUGGCUGGGGGCUCAGGAAGAGACGAGCCUGGGGGUCUCAGAGGCCGGCCCCCAAGGACAGGCCAUCUCCCUCCUGCAGGGCACUGAAUCCCACACCCUGGUCCACCGCCCCAUCUCCAGCCAAGCACAGGGAGCAUCUCUCUCUGGCACGAGCUGCCAUGACCAGCAAACACAUACACAUAAAUAUACAGACACACACGGGACCAUGGGAGCCCAGCCUCCACUAUGUGGAAGGUCAAGCACAAAGGCUUUGACAAGUGAAUGUUCCUGA